AUGAAAUGUCGACUGAAAAACAAGAAAUAUGAAGAAAUCAGAGGUGAUGAUGAUGAGUUCAAAUACGAUGCUUUCCUCUCACAUUCCAGUAAAGAUGAAGAUUGGAUUUUAACAGUUCUACAUUCAACUCUGGAAAAUCCACCUUAUAAUUAUAAACUGUGUUUAGAUUAUCGCGACUUUAUUAUCGGGGAGACAAUCGCUGAUAACAUUGUUGAUGCCGUGCAGAAAAGUCGCAAAACAGUGUUUAUCUUAACCAAAUCAUUUAUAGAGAGUGAGUGGUGUUACUUUGAGCUUGAGAUGGUACGACAACAGAUGUUUGAUGAACACCGAGAUUUAGCCAUUUUAAUCAUGAAAGAGAAUUUACCAACCGGUGAUAUGCCAGGAUUGUUGAAGUAUUUAAUGAGAAAGGGCAACUAUAUUGAGUGGAGUGACAAUAAGCAUGGACAGAAACUAUUCUGGUCUAAAUUGGACGCUGCGUUGAGGUCCACAAAAAAGAACAUGGUAUGA